AUGGGAACUCGUCCAAACAACAUCUGGCUGCCUCCAGCACGCGGAAAACAAGGGUUCAAACUACUUCUAACAACUUUCCAUUGUGUCGGGGGGUCUUACGCGCAUCCUCCGCCAACCAAAACGGUUAUUGUGUUCAGGAACGGAGAUGCUUUUUACCCCGGCCGAAAGUUUGUUAUCAAUCAACGCCAGUCAUCCACUUUUGACAGCUUUCUGAACACUGUCACUCGAGGCAUUACAGCUCACUUUGGGGCAGUGCGAAAUAUUUACACCCCUAACAAGGGUCACAGGGUGGCGAAUCUGGAGCAGCUGGUGCAUGGAGAGAUAUAUGUUGCAGCUGGAGCAGAGAGACUGAAAAAGAUGGACUAUCGCCACAUAACAACACAGAAACCUCCAAAAAAGAAAAGUGAACAGAUCCAACCUGUAGUUCACAGCAGAAUAAUUGUCCCAGCUCGAUGGAAGAGAAUCAGUAAUGAGUCGUGCAUCAUCAAUGUUUUUACCAAUGGAGAUAUCUUGGUUCCUCCAGCACGGGUGCUGAUUCCAAAACACACGCUUGCUAGCUGGGAAAACGUAUUGGCCAUGGUGACUGAUAGAGUUCAUCUUCGCACUGGAGCUGUGCACAGAUUGUACAUGCUGAAUGGGAGGCCUUUACGUGGAUCGUAUGAACUACAGAACAACCACUAUUAUGUUGCUGUGGGGACAGAGAGGUUCCGCUCUUUGCCGUAUCAUCUGGCUCCAAGCAAAGGAGUGAUACACAACAUCAAUGAUGUGAUCAACAAUGGCAUUCUUCCAGUACUAAAAGAAAAACAGGACAAAACUUUGUUCGCAAAACCAGGAGUGGACAGCGCCGGCUCCGUUUUUUAUGCUAAACAGCCCGGCCAGGGUUUAAAAAUCCCAGAUCUCUUCGCUACGGCGGAAAAAAGUGUCUUCAGAGCCACCAACAAAAGAAAGGAGGCAGUAGUCGCAUCUGAAGUACUGGAAGAUGAAAAUAUGAAGGUGGAUCUUCCCAUUGAACAGAUGGAAGUAAAAGAAAUUGAGGAAGAGCAAAACUCCUACAAAUUCCCCAGACCAGAAAGUGGUGGUGAUAGCCCUGCCAAAAACUUUACAAACCAUUCAAAUGCAGCUUUUUCACCAAGGUCAUCCCCUUCCAGAACUAAUAAGGACACCAAGGGGGAGGAGAUGUCCUCAAAGAAGUGUGGAAUACAAUCGCAUAUGUCUAAGUUUUUAAAGGAAAAGAAGAAAGUAACCUUGAACUGUGGACCUAAUGGCCUUUAAAUAACAGAUUUCUGGUCGAGGAGGAUGUUCACUCGCAUGCCACGAGCAAGACAUUAAAGAUUUUCAAAGCAUCUCGCCAUAGCUUCUAACAUGAAAAAAAAAAUAACAUGUUUGGAAGACCUUGUAUGAGGAGAAGACGCUGUUUCUGUGUGAUCUCAGCUGCGGUUCUGAUGAUGGGCUUUGUAAAGUGCACAACUGCCCGGUUACACAUUAGUUUGAUUGCCAGUUUGCUCUGUUUCGAAACGAGCUUUGAAGCUCAUCUCGAGAUGAAAGCCAAACUUCUCCAGCGAGUCCAUUGUAGAUGGGGUUCCAUAUUUGCUUCAGGCACCAUGAAGACCUUCAAUAAUCUUCCAAUACUGGCAUGAACAUAAUAUAUAAUUUAUCACACAAUGCACUGUGUUCUACAGUCUAAUUCAGUUCAAUGUUCACUUGUUGACAGACUCUGCAGUUCAUCCAUAUUUUUUCUUUAAGGUAAGCCUUUGAUGCACUCUGUGCACUUUGAUAGCAAGACUGCCUGGUGUUUUGAACACUUCCUAAUGUUCAUGUGUCUUGAUAGAAUUAAUAUGGAAGGUCACUAAAACCCCCUUCAGUUGUGGCUCUUUUAUCCACCAAGACCCUUCUGGAGAUGAAACAAUCUUAUAAAGCAAAUAAAAAUGUCUUUAUCUUGACAAGCCCACUGUGGAUAUAUAGCUUCUUAUGUCUGGAAUGUAUUACAUAAUUAUGCAUCGCUAUAAAUAUUGCAUAGGCCCUCACACUC